GAAACAACGCAUCGUCUGAUCGAUUCCCGAGACCCGGAGCUUUUGGUCGCCCAAUUGCAACGGGAAUGUGAUGAGGUGACGCAAACAAAUGAUCAGUUGGCCUUGGAACUGAUGCAGUUACAACAACAUCGGAUCGCACUGAAAAUCCUUCUGGAGCGACUAAUGCCACUGGAAGCUGCCGGUUGUCCUUGCUAA